CUAAUCUGUACGUUAUUGUUCUUUUUCUUUUUUUACGUUCCCUACCUUUUUCCCUACUCUUCAAAUCCUCAUUGUUUUGUGUGGUGCAUAUGUAUUUGGUGCCCUCUUGUACCAAUAUUUAUGUGUUCAAAUAAAUAAAUAAAUAAUUUUUUAGUUACAUCGGACUUAUUCAUUGGUAAGUCACUGCUAAACAUCAGCGAAAUCUAUGUAGGGUUUUGCACAUCUUUUUUAGUCUGCUACCCAAGUUUCUCAAUUAUAAUGUGGAGGAAUUAAGUGGUUAAGACAUCCAAGUUUCCGCACUAGAUCUCAGGUUCGAACCUUCUCUGUUCACUUCAGUCUGGGCACCCGAAUAGUAUCAUUAUUCAUCACAGAUAAAGUGUAACAAGUCGAGUACAUGAAUCUACUUAAUAAAUUAAACAAAUCCAUGAAUCUCUAAUUGAUUGAUGAUUGAGUUAUAACCAAUGCCAUGUACGUCAAUUUUUUUAGUGCUGAUCGAAUUAUAUUAAUCAAGUUCAUAAAUUUUAUAGAUAGGAUAAUAAAUACCCUUAGUAGGUUUUAACAUAUGCUCUUCAAAUACUGUUGAACUCCUAUCCAUUUUCUUAUACAGUGAGCACUGCACCCAAAGAAAAACAAGAUAACACGAAGAUGACAAAAAGUCGCAAGCGCCGUCUAAAAAAGCAACAACGAAAACAACAAGCACUUUUAGAACAGGAACUUGAUGAAUUAGAGGAAUUGGAAUCACAGGAGCAUGAACGUCGUUUGUUGGAUAUGGGACUGAUUCCUGCUGACAAUGAACAGAACCAUGAAAAGCCAGAACAAGUAGAUGAAAAGCCUAAAAGGGACUCAGAAGUAUCCCCAGAACAGUCAUACUCGAAUGAGGCUAAUACUACUCCCCCAACAGCAGACUCAUACAAUGCCAGUCCAAGCAAAGAUUGUCAUCCUACUACAAAUAACACUGGUAAGUUACUGUUUUAUUCAUUCUAUCUGUAAAAGACAACUAAGUUUCAGUCGUUUCAUAAUUGUCGAAGAAAUUACUUACGGCUAGAUUUUAGAUUUGUAAAGACUUCAUGAUAGUGACUUGCUCUAUGGUCGUCUUAAUAGAUUCUUAGUGUAUCAUUUUAAGCUUUCAGUUGGUUCCUUCUAUGUAUGGUGUAAAUCAGGUGUUACGUAGUAGACCAGUUUGAAAGCUGAUUUACAUGUGUUUAAUAACCAUAAAUUCAUUUUUUAAAUAAUUGAAGAUUAAGGGUCUCUUGUGUAACUGCUGAGAUCAAUGUCUCCACCAGUAAAAACAGUGAAAAUAACAAUAGGUGGACCGAACUGAAGUAAGACUAAUGUCCUGGUUUUUAAAAUCGAUAGAUACCAUCAAAUUUAAUUUUGGAAACAACUGGCCAUUGAAGUGAGCACUGAUGGAGGAAACUUUUAGUUGCGACUACUUCAUUUUAAUUACUAAUUGCUGUUAGCAAGUUAACUCAUUUGUUUGUUUUAUUUUUCACUCAAUUUCCUGAUGUAAAGCUUAACAACCUAUACCUAACACAAUGUUCCUUUACACCAAUGUACUGUUUAAGUCGGGUUCGUUUUAGGUUUUAGUACUGUGUUGUUCUAAAGUAGAACCCAAGUAUUAGUCAUCGGAAAUUUCACGAAGUUUAGUCCGGAUUCAUCUGUUUAUCUUCAAGUCUAGGAUCGGUUCUAACUAUUGAUCGACUGUUUACUUUUAGCUUUAUGACAACGACAAAAUUCAUAUUUAAGAGCUAAUUGUUAGCCAUCACAGUUUAAUUAAUUAAUCUGGCAGUAAACGAUCUCAUUGAUGUCUUAUUUGUUUGUCUGUAUAUAAUUUUUUCAAUGAAAAGUAAUGUUUGAAAUGUCUACGUUAAAACUAUUGUGUUCAUAGGUUUUUGUAUAUUUUGUGAUGUAACAGUCAUCAUAUAGAUUGUUAAUAAUCUAUCCCAACUUUUGAGUCAUCUUAAAAUUGGUUAAACUGCUGGUAUCAUGAAUUUACUUUCAAUUUUUCGGAGGCUGUCACGUUAAAAAUAAGUUGAAUAAUUAAAUUUAUAUCUCCUGACAAGUGGCUCUUCUCACAAAUCAGUUCUAUGACUUAACUGUUCAUUUUUUCCUUGCCUCGACGAUAUCUAACAGUUAGUAAUGCUGUAAUAUCUAAGUCCCAAUAUUCGUUCUGUCCUAUCCAGCUGAAGUAUUAUUUUGCAAUCAAACUUAAUGGUUUGCAUAUCCAACCGAAUCCAGCAAUAUAAUCCGGUCUAAGAACAGCCAUCGUGGUUCACCUUACACCAAAGAUCUCUGAUAUUUCGUUAACUGGUUAAGACCAUUCAUCUAAACUAUUUGACGAUUUCACCUCAUCAGUAGUUUGAGCAGUUCAACUUCGAAAAUUCUUGUUAUCUAUUGUUAGUUUGGAUGUGUAAUCAGUUUUCCAACUGUUUUACCGUUAUUGGUGGUUUUUGUUAUUUCUUUAAUCGACAAUUUAGUGUACAUGCAUUACGUGCAAAUAAUUUAUUCUUUAUGAUGCCCACCUAUUGCCCAUUUUACUGGAUCAACUGUACUUAAAACUUGUUCGCAAGGCUUGUUACUGUGAACACUCAUAUUACAGGAAUCAAAAAUACGUUCAUUUUCAUAAAGUAGCUGGCACUCAUAUAGUGCUGAAAUAUGCAACGCGAGGUAAAAAAUUAGUUUUCGACCUCCUUUAAUUCCACAUAAACCAACGAAAUCACGUAAACUCAAGUCCCAUGACAGAACUAACAUUCCCAAAAUCAAGUGUUCAAACAAGAUCGAAAUUCUUAUUAUCAGCCUUUUUCAAAAUAACAUUCGAAUCGCUUCACACCUCGUCUUAUUUCAGUUAUAGAAAAACUCAAAAAUCCCAUUAAAAGAAACUAGUAAUAAAAAGAUUCAACAGGUAUAUUGAGGCAUAUUUAAUGAGAACAUUUUCUCUAUCACCGAAACUUCUUGUCAAUAACUCAGAUUGCUUAACCCUUGAUCAGACCACUUACUAAGACUCCAUCAUCAUGUCUACAAUGUAGCCGCCUAGCAUACAAGUAAAAUACAGACCACCUAGUCAUCUGGUUAAGUGGAUAUUUAAUUACGGAAUAUAAAUCCCCGGUAAUUGAUUGGAUAGUAAUAUUCAAAUUUUUAGUGCAUAGCUUCAUUGUCUCUUACAGAUCUGUAGGUCGUGACCGUAAAACAGCAACGUCAAGACUUGCUUGCUUAGAUUGGGAAUGAAGAUUGCAGCUAUAUCACUAAAAAGUUCAUUAAAAGAAAUAAGUCUAACAGGUGCUUUAACAGAACAACGACUUAAAGUAAGGAAUACUACUUGAUCGUCUAUGUAACCCAUUAGAGAUGAUAGGAAGCUCCCUUAUUCUGUAACAAUUUACUUCCAUGAUAUAAUGAUAAGCAAUAUGUGUUUCCAAAUCUGUUCGUCGCAAUGUUCGUAUAGCAACUACCCUCAGGUGUUCCAAGAAAUCGAUUUUUUCUCCUGAUAAGCUUCCUAUUCCCGUUCGUAGAAAAAGCAUAAAAACCCUUUCUUUCUUUGUUUUCGCCUGUUCUGGUAGUUGGUGCAGUGUUUAUGGAUACUGCGCGUGCUGUUGUCUCGGUGUUAGGCUACGCAACCUCCAUCCCAUUCAAGGCUUGCAGCAGUAUUUUGGAGGACAAGACAGCUCCCAUUAAUAACCCUCCUAAGAUAUCGUCCACUCAAAACGACGAGCAAAAUCUUUCAUGGUUAGGCAAUCAGAAUGGUGUCCCAGGUUUCAUCAGUUAUGGAGACCCCAAAAUUAAGAUUCCUAGCCCACUUCAACCUGGACAAAAGCGUACAGCUUCCAUUUCUGUCGACUUCACUCCAUCUGAGUCUUCAACUGUCUCCCAUGCAGAUGUUUGCAGUUCUCCGCCAUAUCGCUUAUUUGCCCACCUUGCUUUCUCUCCUCUGGCUGAUCGACUAGUCCGGAAGUUAUCCUGGCCAUUUAUCUUCAGGUCACCCGACGUCUCUACAAAGCCACCGUGUAAAAAUGACACAGACGAGUCAAAAGAUCAUACUAAGCAUAAACAGAAUAAGGGUCCAACUGACUUGUCGGAAGAAAGUGAUCAAGUAAGUCUUAUAAUAUUCCUUAUCAAUUGUGGUAUAAUCUUCACUCUAUCAGAUAAACAAAACAUUCAUCUCUGUAGCUUGUGAUGCAAUUUUUGAAUAUAUAUCAAAACUAAUCACACUAAAUGUCAAAAGUGCCUCAGUAAUGCCUGUUACUAAAUCACUGAAUAUCCAAUUUUCUAAUUUUUAAUAAGCGGUCAUAUUUCAAACAUUCUCCUACUAAACUGGUAUCAAAAGUCAUGUCACAAUCUUAUUUGCAACUGAUUAGUACAGCAGUGUGCCAAAUUUUGAAUCAUAUCAUAGGAUUUCCGUAAUUAACUCAUGGACCUAAAACCAGGUCAUAUCUUACAAUUAAAACUACAACCCUUGUCACAGAUGGUUGUAAUACGUGGAUACAUGUAGCUUGUCAUGAUUAUUAUUCACCACAAGGCAACCACGUCUACUCAAAUCUUUUCAUUCGCUUUGAAACUGAACGAAAAUUGUGUUAAGCUAAUGCUUAAUGUCUUAAAUUUAAUCUAUUUAUUCUCUGAAGAAGUGGCUUACCACUGAGUCACGAAACGUCGGAAAAUCUGAUUUUUCUUCUACUCAUUUGGGAUAUUACAAAUAUGAUAACUUAUUUAUAAUGCCUUCAGUGGUUUCAAAUUUGUGUAUUCAAGUUUAUAUCUAUUUAAGAAAUCAAUGACCCAUGUGUUGAUCCCCGUGGUAGAUGAGAGAAACUAAGAUCACGUCUCAGGUUAGACGAAUAAAGCUAGCCUCACACAACAGUCACCCAUAGAAUUAUAUAUAGAGUUAUACAAGAUCUAUCAGUCAUCUUUGUUGUCUCCUGAUCAAAUCUAUAUUCUAUCUUCUGAACUAUCCAUCUAACCGUCGAUAUCUUUGUGUACUUUUAAUUUACAUACAAUCGAUUAUUCGGCUACAGUUUAUAAGAAAAAUGCGUCCUUGCAUCUGAGGUCGAAACGUUAAAAUAGCUAAAAACACUUUAACUAAAUACCAGUUCCUUUUUAGAAAAUCUAAACGAUAUGGACUUUAAACAGUAAAGUAUUAACUGGGGACCAAAUACAGUAAUUAUCUUAUGUUGUAAAUCUAUAAUUUUAUAUACUCAUUCAACUUACAACGUAGAGUUAAUCAUUUAAUUAUUGAGUAGUCAAAAAACUUGGAUUUCUUUCUCUGCUCUUAAUGCAGUACCUAUUACUUACAACUUAUUUUCAGAUCGAGGUAUUGCUCUAUUUUGUGAAAUCAUUGAUUUAUUGAUUUGUGUUGCAUAGUGAAUUUCGGAAUUUUUGUUUGAUCUGUGAAAUAUUUAACUGGAUAUUGUAUGAUAUUGCCUUAAAUAUUCGAUUUAAGCACAUAUUCUUUAACAUUCUGAUAGCUUUGAAGUGUCAUCCCUUUAGCUUCCCAUUAUAAUAAUAGUAGUAAUCAUCAUUAUUUCCACUUCUUUGCUUUUAUCCUCGACUUAUUGAUACGAAGUCUGGGAUUUUAGUUUAAUGCUGCACCUAGUUCAGACGUUUUUUAUCUAACCAUUAAUCCAUAGACGUCCAAAAAACGUGCUAAUUAAAUAAAGUCAAGCGAAUAAAUAAAUAAAAAUUUUGAGCUCACAAAACUUUAGUGUGCUUCAGAUUAGUCAGGCAUUCUGUUCUAUUUGGCGUAUGAUUUGUUGAUUGAAUGUUUCAACAUACGGUUAGAAAUCGUAUUUAGAAAAUGCUUCCACUUGAUCCAUAAGUAUUGAAGGUGUAGGCUGUGGAGAUUUUUAGCGUUAGUGUUGACAAGGAUAGACUAUGAUGAAGGAAAAAGAUAGUCCAUUGUAAGAAUUAACAUGUUUCUGAAUUAUUGUGACUGGUCACGCUUGGUUUUUUUCAUUUUUAUAAUUAUCUUCAAAUUGGUUUUCAUUUAGUUUAUACAAGAAGACAACGAAAGUGGAGUGGCUGUUCGUCGUCGAGUUAAAAAGCUUCCAGAUCAUUCUGGUGCUGCCGAUGAUAAGGCUGAUAUUCCACUGGCUCCUGUGACUGAACCACAGAAAACGUCAACUACUGGUAAUCGUAGGUCCGUAAUCAUUCAACCAGAUGGGCUUUUGGCAGCAGCUGCAGCAUCAGUGAUGUCUAGUACUUCUCAUUCUCCUCCGGAGUCCUCAGCAAAAGAUGAUCAAGGUCAGGUCAAAUCGAAUUUCACGAACUCGAGGUCAAACGGAACUGAAGGAAAUGAAAGGAAACUUAAUUCGGAGUCCAAAUCAAGUCUGACAGUAAACAGUACUGGUGAAGGUAGUUCCAAACGGUUAAGUUUGGUUACACCAUCUAAUAACAAUGCAGUUUCUGGUCAAAGUGUUUCAAACAAACGUCGAUCACUGCUUUUCGAAACUGUGAUACAUGAACCUGAUGCCAGUAAAGAGGUGAAUUUUCCUAGCAAUCUUUCUUCCUCAAGGAAAUUGGUUGUAACUGAAGAUUUAGUAUUUAUAAUACUGGAAUAUCCACAUUUAAAGAGCAGAUGUUUUGAAAAAAAUUCUAAACAAAAUAGAUUGUUUUAGCACUUGAAAUUUAAUACAAUAGGUUUGUUUAAAAAAUUCAUUACGACAGUCAAAAUAUACUAGGACCCAAAACAAUUUUAUUACAUUAAAAUCAACUGAUCUAAGUUAGACAAUCAUCAGUUAGGUACUCACAACGUAGAACCUAGUACGUUUAUGCAUCGGUUCAAGUUGUUAUGCCCCACUAGCAGAAAGGGAUGGAACUGCCAGGCCAAAUUCCAGGAUGGUGAAGAAAGUAAAAGUAUCAGUGGUAAUACAGAAGAUUAGAAAUCGGAGAUACUAUUCGAAAAGGAAUUAUAAAUUAGUGAAAUAAAGACAAAAGUUUUACGAGGAUUCCGAAACUUAGAAUUGAGAGGAAAAUGGAUACACCUGUGCCAUUUCAAAUAAAUCGAGCGAUGUCAUUCAAAGCCUCUUACCACUGGUUGCAAUAAUCACACUGACCCUAACCAGGUAAUCCAUACCUAUUAACAUGGCUCAGUCUAAUUGUCAAUGAUUUCAUGAACUGAUGCCACGUUUUGGUUUGACCACCCCUCGCUUUCUUCCAACUUACUCCUAUACCAGAAAACAUCGCCCGUCGAGGUAUGGAGUGGUUGGGGAUACGUGACACAUGUCCCGACUACCUCAGUCGAUAGAGAUUUACUACCUCAUCGAUCGAUUUCCCAUCUUUACCUAAUAUACUAUCCCUAACACAGACAUUACUUACUCAGUGGUCCGAAGACACCUAUGAUCGAAUAUUAGUAACCUACAAUUGUCUUCUGUGUGUAAUGGCCACGUUUCGCAGUCAUAAAGCAGAACAAAGCGAACUGCUGCGCAUCAAACUCGCCCUUUAUUUGUAAAACAUAUCUCACCUAUUCCACAAAUGACGCAAGUUGCCAAAAGCCAAUCGAACCUUUUCAAUCCCUGCCGAGAUUUAGUCAGACACCCGACCACCAGUACUGAUACGUCCAACUACUUCAGUCCCUAUCAUUAAUUCAGGCGAUGACGCAAGCCAAUCCUAAUGUAAGAUUUUACAUUUGGAGGGGGAGAACCACAUAUCAAACGUACUUGCGUUGUUAUUCAAGUUGAUCAAACCGCAUCUUGUCAUCGUCUUCAAAUAGAACUAUAUCAUCUGCGCAUUCGAAGUCAACAAGUGAAUCUCUUGGUAGAUGAAUCUUUGAAAAGUUAGACUAUAGAGUAUUAUACCUAAUAGCAUAUCUGUGAUGUUAAAUAGAAAUGGGGAAAGCGAACAACCCCAACGAACACCAAUUUAAGUAACUAAUUCCGAUAACAUUUCUCCAUAAGCUCUGAAUCGACCAGUAGUGUUCGAGUAGAGUGAGCCUGUCCAAGGUUUAUGUACUUAUUUGGUACACCGUUGAAUGACAAACACUGCCACAGAACCUGACGAUCAACGGAGUCAAUCACCACCUUAAGGUCAAGGAAUACAACUACUGUUAAAUGUCGGAAAGUAUGUCUAUGUUCCAGAACCUAGCAAAGAGUAAGUAUUUGGUCUGCAUCCGCGUUCAGGUCUGAGACUAGCCUGGUUUUCUCUUCAUGAGCUCUAGUUGGACGUCGAAGUAUUAUUGAGGCUAAGAGUUUUAAACACUGUAUUAUUAGUAUAUGGUUAUGGAGAUUAGGUUGAAGGCGUUUCAAUAUAAUAGUUCACAACUUUCAAUUAUCUGAUAGUUGUCAGCUUGGGUUAUGGUUGUUGUUACUCUUGCGCAGGUGAAAUGCCGACUCGUUCUUUUAGAGUCAUUUAUUCGACUUUAUUCAUUGUACUGUGUUUUGUUUAUUCCGCAGCCGUGUGAUAUUGAAGUGAAAAUCGCCGAUUUGGGUAAUGCAUGCUGGACUUACCGUCAUUUUACUGAGGAUAUUCAAACUAGACAGUAUCGAGCCUUGGAGGUUCUCAUUGGCUCCGAAUAUGGACCACCCGCUGAUAUUUGGAGUACGGCUUGUAUGGCUUUUGAAUUGGCUACCGGUGAUUAUCUUUUCGAACCUCAUUCUGGCGAAGAUUAUACACGAGAUGAGGACCAUCUAGCACAUAUCAUUGAAUUAUUAGGCCCCAUACCUAGAAAUAUUGCUCUUUCAGGAAAAUACUCCCGUGAGUAUUUCGAUAAACGAGCUUGUUUACGUCAUAUACAUCGCUUGAAACCUUGGAAUUUAUUUAAUGUCCUCACUGAGAAAUAUGAUUGGCCACCAAGCGAAGCGGCUCUUUUCACCAGUUUUCUGGAACCAAUGCUCGCGUAUGAUCCUAAUAAAAGAGCGUCCGCGUGGGAUUGUUUACAACAUUCCUGGAUAACUGGUCAACCGUAUUCUCCAUCAGUUGAGGAAGGCCUACCAAAUCAUAUCCCAUUUGGAGUGAAUAUACCAGAUCCAUUGAUGGGUGACGUUUUAUCUAAUCCUAGUACAUAUUACCAUCCACAUGUCAAUCAACCAAAUAUUGUAGAUCCCGCAAACACUGCUGGCUUGUGUUACAGUCAACACCCACACUUAAAAAAGCAAUACCCGACAGUUCAUUGCGUUGCUCCACAAUCUAGAAACAGUCGUUCUGUCAACUACAUACCACCUGAACUAUCUUUCAGUGGAAAUGUCAACCCAUCUGAAUAUCACUUAUCUUAUGGUUCCGAAAUGGUUGUGGGUGGGGAAAGUGUGCCGAAUCGUAGUAUGUGUGUACCAGAUUCUCACUUUCAACCGUGGUCCUCAAAACUCAUGGGCUCAAAACGACUAGAUGUUGUCAGCAAUGUGGACGGCACAAUAAAUUUAGAUCCUGUUCAUGUUGGAAAUUUCAUACACAGUCUACCAGAUCUCAGUCCUGCUCCUAGCGAUGACGAUUAUGACGAAGAAGAUGACGAUGACGACGACGAGGAUGAUGAUGAUGAGACCAAAGAAGGUGAAGAAGAUGAGGAUGAAAGCGGAGAUGAUGAGGAUCCUCGGAUGCAUUCGUUACACCAUCAUCAUCGUCAGCAUCAUCAUCAUUCUCAUUAUUAUGGACAUCCAUCUAAUGCAUCAUCUGUUUAUCAAUUUUUGGAUCCCCCUCAUAUAAUGCCAGUAGAAUCUUCUGAUCAUUCUCAUUAUGCUGACCCUUUAGCUAUGGCAGUAGCUGCUGGACUACCACCUAGUAAAGCUGCUAUACUAGCUUAUGCAGCACAAGCUCUUGGACCAGAUACUGUUUGGGCUGGUUUAGCUGCAGCAAAAAAACGUCAACAACAACAGCAAGCGCAACCAAUGAAUAAUACAGAAGAGACAACUUCCGAUUCACUUACUAAUAAUGAUCAUGUAAUAUUAACUACCUCAACUAUAAAAACUGAUGAUGAUGGUACACCACGUAACACUGAUUCGUUGCAACAACAAAAGAAAGAAAUAGAUAAUGAAUUACAUAACAGUGGACUUGAUGUAGAAGAUGUAUCUAAUUAUUUCUCAACUUCACUUGAAGUACGUUCUGCUACAAGUUCUACAACCGAAGAUAUAUCUAAUACCCCCGACUAUGUGAAUAAUAUAUCAGAUAUAAGGAAUUUUGAUUCUGAAUUACAACGUACAGUGAGUGAAAAUAUCACUCAUCAAUAUACUGAACCGACAGAAACACUUACAGAAGCUUAGUUUUCAUAUUCCAAUUUAUCUGAUCUCUAUCUCCUGUUUUGUGAGAACCACCUAUAGGCUUUCAUUUUAUUACUCUUAUCUUAAAGCAUAUUCACUACUAUCUCAUAAAACAAAACAAUGACGUUUGUAAUUUGGAUGUUCUUGUUAGAAAAAGAUUUUCAUCUUAUUUAAUGAUGUCUAUUAUUAUUAUCAUCAUCAUCAUAUUGAUAUCCAUAAAUUGAAAGUUUGAUGAACACAUUCACUAAGUAGUAAUGGUGGUGUAUCUGCCAAUUAUGUCUUCUUUUUUGUUUUUAGUUUACAUUCAUUGUUUCCCUCGACACGUGGUUGGUUUUAUACAUCAUAUAAAACAAACAGCCUCGUAAACUUUCUCUUAUAUAUAUAUAUAUAUACAAAGAUGUUUCAAUGUACUUUUCGCUUUUAUCUAAUCCAACAUAUCUACCCUCUCUCAUAAUUUAUUUGAAAUAUAUUGCACCAAGAUCAGAUAUAAAACCUGAUAUAUAUAUAUAUAUAUAUAUAUAUAUUGGUUUUACUAACUACUGUACUAUUCUUGUCAAUAAUUUUGUCAUUUCUCUUCAUUUUUCCCUUCAUGUACAACAACCUGGACCUCUAAUUGUUUUAACAUUGCGAAAUUUCCAGUAUUUGUAGACAUUUCUAUCGGCAUAACCUAGGCCUUAUCUGUACCGAUAUAUAUAUAAUUCUCAUUUAGGUUAAUCAUUUUGAUCCUAAACAAGAAAAUACCCUUUGCAUAUUUCAUCGUUACAAAGCACCGCCCCACCCUUUUAACAGUCCAAUUGUACGUUUUAGUUGCUCAAAUUCUUUCUAGCAACUUCAUGCGGACUGUAUUGUAAACUAUACUCUUGUCAUUAGUUUUUUUGUGUGCUUCCAUUUUCACAAAAAUCGUUUUUUGUUUGCGCGCGUUUGUAUAUCUAUGAACAUAUAGCCACUGCUGCGCAUGCCGUCCCGUCUAUUGUGUUAUCAAGCGAGAGAGAGGCAGUCAGUUCUGUUUUGGAAACUUUUAAGAUUUAACAACUAUUUGCUAAAAAAGAUUAUUACUAUUAUCAUCACUAUCAAUACUAUCACUAACUGACAGCUGAUAUCAUUUUCUUUUUUUCAUUAUUCCUAUUUCUGCAAAACCGCUGAACUAUUCAUAUUUCAACAUUAGAAGACUUACUCAAAUAGUCAUGUUAUGCAUUUUGAAAUUAUGUGAUUUGUUGAACAUUACACUAAAACUAAUGUCAUAAAUAGAAAAUAUGUGAUCUAAUGCCAAUUUAUGCGACUCGUGUUUAUACUUUGUUCUUGUUGUAAGUAAAUAUUCAUAUGAAUGCGAAAAUGCCUUAAUUCCACUGCUAUUUCAUUUCUUUAUUAAUCCAUACAAUAAACAACCAAUGAUAGUAGUGGAACUUAUUAUAAACUAUUUGAAAAUAAUUGGUCAGUUUUUGUUCCUAAUUUUCAUAUAUAUAUAUAUACUAAGUUAUGCACAUACACGAGUACUCAUGUUCCACCAUUUGUCCCAUGUUUGAAAUCGUGUUAUAUUGCCGGAAAAAUUGAUGAUAAAUAUGACUUCGAAACUUUGUUAAGUUAGGUGUAAUUGUUUUUUUUCUUGUGUGAGUGUAUCUGUGUACCUACAUUAUCGACUAUCCUUAAACAGAUGUUCAAACGAAUUCAGUUGUACAAUUUACUUGGUCAUAAGAUUUCAUGAUAAUUGAUAACAACUCUGUUGCCAUUCAAGACUUCGUGAUUCGUUUUGUUUUCUCUGUUGAUUUUGUGUGUGUUUGCUCUAUCUUAACUAGUCAAUUGUUACCCUAAUAACUAUACUCCAAUCAAAUUGGUUCGAUCAUUAAAAUACGUCAUUUCCAACUGUGCAAGAAAUAGAUACGUAAAUCUGUCUUCUUUUUAUGAAUCUGGUUUUAUGGGAAUACUUAUUUUUUUAGUGGAUAAUGGAUACAUGUUCAAGUUCAAACCUGGUUAUAGUUAUCAGAAAAAAAUGGAUUUAUAUUGUGAAUGCUUUUAAAGUGGUAACGGAUUUUUAGUUCUAUACUACGUUUAUUCUGCUGUCUUUGGACGGAAUAUAUAUAAUCUAUAAUUAUAACAUGAUCAAUAAAGCCAUCACAUCGCGCUUGAUCAGAAAUAAAAUUAAUUCAGCUAAAUCGCCGAGUACGCGCUUGUAACCUGGACGUAAAACAACUUUUACUGUAAAGGCAAAUAAUGUUACUUAUUUAGUUUCCUCUGACAUUCCUCGUAAAGAAGUGUCAGCCCCCCCAACAACAUACUCUACCGGACCCUGUUCUAGACAAUCCUUUCCAGCUGCUAUUUGUCCUGAUGUCUUCUUCCUCUUCCGGAGGCCGUGUGCCGUUCGGUCUUCCUCUUUUCCGUUUCACUUCAACAUCCACUAUCUCCGUUUUUGUUCAACUUCACAGACCUACUGCUGGAAAUAACAUUCUCGUCGACUGAACUCUCGGCCAUUGAUCUCCUUCCAGGAGGUCCACUUAUGAACUAGAAUACGCAGAUGACAUAGUCUUGUUAGGUGAAGACCCUGAUAACAUUCAGUCUUUUGAUAGCACUGAUCAACAAUGCCAGGGUGUUUGGGGUGCGUUUCUUCCCAUCUAAAUGCAAGUUGUUGUCUCAGGGCUGGCCUGCGUCAACACCUGAAUUACGGAUAGGGAGUGAAGCAGUCGAACGUGUCGACAACGUCACUCAUCUUGGAAGUCUGAUCAGCCCUAAUGGGUUGGAUUCUGACGAAAUUUCUACACCAAUUCAAAAAAGCUCGUUUGACUUUUGCCGACUUGCAUCACCUAUGGCGAAGGUGAGAUAUCCAUCUAUCAAUGGAGGGACGAGUAUACUGAGCAGUAGUUCAUUCUGUUUUACUUUAUGGCUGCGAAGCGUGGCCAUUAAUAGUAGACGGUACUCGUAAGUUACUAGUUUUUGAUCGCAGAUGUCUUAGAAAUAUUGCUCGCACACAGUCACUAACGUCAAGUCUUAGCCAUGUUGGUAGAUGCAAACUACUUGGUCGGGAUCUGCGUGACUGUUUUAACCUAUGGUUGGAGACUUGGUGACAUGGCUCAGAAUCGAUUACAAUGACGUCUGUGUCUACACUCUUUGUCUUCUCCUAGACCGUGAAUUUAAAAUUGCUUUAUAUUUCUUUAUACGAGCUAAUUUUUUCUCCCUGUACUAUAUCAAUGUACACAAUCUUUCUUUUAUAUAUUACUGCUAUUGAAGUAAGUACUUCCAUAAAUUUGGUGUUCAUCUUGUUGUGCUAAUGAAAUUUGGAAACGUGGACCGAUGCAUAUAUGUGCCUGGUCCUAUGUUGUAACUGACUUGUGAGUUAAUGCUUGUUUUGAGAUGCUGUUUGGUGAUUCCCACAAUGUAUAUCCUAACGCCUCCACUGUCUUUUAAUUUCCUCUUCAUCUAGAAGCUGGUUUGUUCUCUCCCACAAUAGGUUGUUGCUGAUGGUAUCCAGCCAACGGUUAUUUCGCAUUCUGUGUAAAGAAUUGUUUAUAAAUUCUUGUACCUUCUUGAUGGUUGUGCUAGUUUUCAUAGUUUAGCUCCGUACAGUCGGACUAUCUUGACUUUAGUAUUAAAGAUUCUCAUUUUGAUGUUGGCCUGCAAACAGUUGUUAUGGGUUUUAUAAUGUCUUCAACUGUAGGAAUGUUGUUCUUGGUUUACUGAUUCUUGCCUUCAGUUCUGUAUCGUGUAGUUGCAUACAAGCUGUGCACUGUAUUCAUUGCUUCCCCUGCAUGAGGUUUUUUCAACUCAUUCAACUACUAAAAGAAAGAAAUGUCGAGAAUAAGCAGCCCUGUCUGAUACCCAUCCUCAAUUAGAAUGCAUAUCAGUUGUCCUUCGUGCACGACUGCGGAGUGGUCUGUUUUGUAUGCUACUUAUAUUGACAGACAUAAGUAGUAUGUAACCAGUCCGAAUUGGAAAACGUAGGAGCAGAAGGCUAAGAAGAUACGGAUGGGAUUGUGAACUUAAAGAAUCAUACAAAAUGUGAAGAAUGAAUAACGGAAAUUUGCGAAUGAAGUAUUCACUUUAUGGUUCAUAUAUGCUCUGUACUUUUGUAAUAAAACGCAAUUGCUUAUCCCUAUCUCUGUUGUUGUUCACAACAGUCCGUCCUAUGAAUAUUGUAUGACGUUCAUAAUCCUCUAUAAGUUUUCCUAUCCAUACCGCCAAACGCCUUACCAUAGUCAAGAAAGUUUGACGAAUUCCAUUCACGUGAUUGUUCAACGAUGAUCCGUAAUGUCGCCUUUUGGACUGCACAACCGAUCCUUACGGAAUCCUGCCUGUUACUCUCGAAACUGGGCAUCUACCGAACCUUCCAUCCGGUUCAGCAACGCUGUUGAAAACGUUUGUUCAGAUCGUGUUUCUUUGGUAUCCGGGUGAGGUGUGUUUCCAGUCACGUCGGCACGUGUUCCACCUCCCAAAUCUUCAUGAGUAGAACAUGGAGCAUGUUUGCAUUUAUUGAUAUGUUUGACUCUAGUGCUUCCGUCGGCAUAUUGUCAGGUCUCUGCUUUCCCGCCCUUGAUUUAUCUGAUGUCCAUCCUGAUUUAUUCGAUUGUUGGUGCGGUGAUAUCUAUAGGAAGGUCUGUGUGUGCAGCUUCGAUGUGCGGUGGGUUUAGUGUAGUUGGUCUAUUCAGGAGUUCCUCAAAGUGUUCCACCCAUCUGUUCUUCUGUUUCUGAAUCUCGAUGAUUGGCCUGCCUUCUUUGUCGUUGACUGUUCUCUCUGGUUUACUAUAUUUUCCUUACCAGUUUCUUCGUUGUGUCACAUAGCUGUUUGAUAUUUGCUUCUGUUGCAGCUUUCUCCAUUGUCGUUGCUAAAUCUUUCACGUAUUUCUGUUUGUCGGCUAUAAUGAUCUUCUUCAUUUGCUUGUUUGCUUCAGUGUAUUCGGUUUAUGCCUUGACUUUCUCUGUUCCUGUUCGGCUGUUGUAAAUUGUUAUCUUCUUAUUCUUCCUUUCUUGAAUCUUGUUCAGGGUUUUGAUAGAGAUCCAUUCCUUAUGAUGAUGCUUCUCGCUGCCCAGAACCUCCUGACACGUUGGAGUUAAUGCUUCUUUGAUCUCUUUCCAAUUGUCCACCAUAGUAGUUUCCUCUUCUUCUUUGAGUAGAUUUUGUAAUGCUUGGUAUCUGUUGUUGAGAGUUAUCUAAAGUUGAUUGAGUUUAUCAGUAUCUGGAAGGAAGUCUGUAUUGAAUGCUGUUUGUCUAGUUUUCUAGUGCUUAUUUCGCUUCAGUUUCAUCUUGGCAACCACCAGUUGGUGGUUAUCUAAAGCGGUGUAACUGAAAUCCGCAAUUUAGACAUAGUUAAAAUGAAUUGGUUAUUCUUUUUUAAACUAAAUACUUAUUAAUGCAAGAGGAUUUGUAGAAAUCGUAGAAUUUCCCUAGUUUAUAUCAUUGAGUUUAUCUUGGUUAGAUCACUACUGUAGACUGGUGAGGUUCAACCAUGGGGGGCCCGGAUUGCUCAGUGGUAACGUCUCUGACUGCGAUGCUAGGUGACACGGGAUGGAAUCCGUCAGGGCGCACCAUUUCCCUCAAGAUUACAGGUAUACCUUGUUGACGAGUGCCAAAUAGCACGAAAACCGGGUCCAAGGUUUCCGGUUGACUACCACCAACCUAUCUCAACAUAGUGCACGCAGCGUCCAGUCACCUAGACCAGUGGCCACAUUGUAACUUGGUCGAUAGCAUUCGAUCUGCACUAAGAAGGACUUGACACACAUGACAUUGAUCACCACACAGUGACCAAUCAACUGUGAUUAGUCCUAUUAUUUGCCCCCAAAUGCUCUGGUAUGACCGAGAGCGGGUUGGGCUCGCCCUCACUCUCGAAAUACUCUCACACGGCCACGCGUAUACAGCCUCUGCCAGGGAAGUCCUACUCCCUGCCUUCUCGUGCCGGGGGUGUUGUUUACGAAAAUGAGAGUACGAAAAGCGAAACCACGUGCAUUUUUCGUGGUAUGAAAGAAAUCUGCAAAGGGCUGGCUUGUGUUGGUCCUUCACGACUCCCUGGCUGAGGUCCUAGAAAUGGAGCAACACAGUGGCUAGAAACGUUAUCAGACCAGAAGCCAGUGGCGAUCCAGCUGUAACCUUUUACUUUCCUCGUAAAAAGUGGUUGCUUCUUCCUUAGCUGAAAGAUUUCUGAUUGUACCUUUUCGUUUCCCUCAUUAUUAUUAUUAUUACGCUACCUUACCUUAUUGUGUUCGUUAUUGUUCUUUUUUUAACGCUCCUCACCUUUUUUUCCUUCUCUUCAAAUUCCCAUUGUUUUGUGUGGCGCAUAUAUAUUUGUUGCCCUCUUGUACCAAUACUUAUGUGUUCAAAUAAAUAAAUAAACAACCAUGUGGGAUGUGAGGCAGUUAUCCACCAUAGGCGAUAAAUGAGGGUUGCGAAGCACUGUAAAGUGAUUGCAGUUAUACUUACACACUAUUGAACGCUUGUUCAGUGGUCUAGAAUUUAAACGUUUGCAUGAGACCAAAUACACCGGGUUCAAACACCUGAUAUGCAGUCGUGAAUGAACAUAGCUGAAGAGUUCCAUACUAGUACGAGAUACGAAGUACGGCGUACCCAAACACGAUCGAGUGCUGAUGCGUCACUGAGCCCCUUCUCCUGUGGGUAAAUCCAGCAAAUCUAACAAGAUCACUGUCAUUCUCGAUGACUUAGAGAUCCUUUUAUCCGGGGGAUUCGUGUUUAUCAACACAAAUAGCAAAAUACAAUUCCUAAAGUUUAGUUAUUUUAAUUGGAAGGUGUUAACAUCUGUAAAUGGUAUCAUAUCACGUACUAAUAUCUAAUGAAGUACUUUUGAAAACCACGGUAGCUAGUAACGUUGACCUGUAAGUAAAAAAUUUUCCAUGGAUUUUCGCUGUAUCUCCUACAAACGUCUCACAAUAAACAUAGUCGUUUACCCAUUAAUGUUCAACUUCAAGAUGAGUUUACUAAGUUUUUAAUAGGUAGUCAUGGAUGGUAGAGUUCUCCCACAAAUCCUAAUGCUUGUUCCAACUAGCUAUCCUAAAGUAGAAGUGUUUCAGAAGUCCCAAAAAUAUCUUUUAACGAGGCCCAGUAACAGACAACUCGCUGUCUGAUCAGCGUUGAAUAGAAUCUCCCCAGAAACAUUUAGACAAUACAUAGGGGUGUGCUACGGUUUUGAUUGGAUAAUUAACUAUGUGGCUACUACAGCUAGUAUGGUUCGAGAAGAUUCUAGAACCUCAGGGCCGUUUGAAAAAGUAAAAAUAGCCUCGCUUUUCUAUACGUUAACGAACUUUGGAGUAAAGCGUCCCUUCACACUUUCCACCUUUUCUCUUGUGUUCAAGUUGUGUAGAUUUAGCCUGCGGUUACUAGAAGGGCUUAGAAAAACCGAUUCAAACGUUCAGUUGGAAGACUUAUCAACAAGACUUUUAUUCCCAAAAUUUAGUGGAAGUGAAUAUAACUCAUGGGUUUAAUUGUGUGCGUCUUCACUGACUCAGACAGGGACAAAUAGACUCUAACAUAGUUCGAAUGAAGAACUCACACAGUCACUAUGGCGUACCCAUGCUUGAAGUCUUACCUACCAUACGGCCUUCAAACAUCAUGUGAUCUGCCUGGCGUCGUCAGCACUAUCACUUCCAUCUUUAACUGUAAGUUCUACUCUAUACAUUCAAUCGAGGUGAGGGCACAUCACAUAUUUUCUUCUUAUUCAAAUAAAAACAAUAAAUGGAGUUGGCAGAGGCACAUGAUUUCAGACAUCAAGUUUCAUUCAAGUCAUUUUAAGCCUUACAAUUCCUUUAAAAUUAUUUAUCACACAUCUUUAUCAUUUUACAUUAGUAUGAAUCGUUUACAGAAAAAAUAUUCUAAUCGAAUUUAUCUUGGGAAAUUCCUCUCGGAUCAUUUUUAUCAACAAACUAAUUUCCACUGCUUCAUUGCAAUUUUUUAAAUUCCAUUUGUCACGAAUUACCUCAGUCGAAGUAUUAUUGUAAGCGAAUCUCAACUGAAAUCAUUUAGUAUCGAAUGCAACAUACACAUUCCAUAACUCUUCACAACGCCUCAUCAAACAAACUUUUAAAGUUAGCUGAUUAAUGCUUUGCGUCAAGUUGUUACUAAUGUCACUGAAUGAUCGUUGAGCUAGAUGGCAAACUGAUUGAAGUCGUAAUUGUGCUAUGGUAUAACUAAUCCAUUUGUCUUGAUGUUCCAAAAUUCGAUCUUAGGUUUGACCUAUCAUGAGUGGUCUCAUAAUAAGACGAUGCAUCUAUCCAGUGUUCUCUGGUUCUUCAAAAUACCCAAAAUUAAGUUAUUACACGAAGAAUACAAUCUACAAAGAUGAUCAAUAUCCGCAAAACUCAAAACAAAUUGGAAUCACGUAAUAUUUUCUGAAUUCAUUUAUUAUUUUUAGUUCGCUCGUUUCUCUUCUCUCUUGUUUUUCUCAAACUUUGUUUCAUUUAUCAGACGACCGUCCGUUGAUUGUUUUUUUUAUCAGUUCCUAAUUAUAGUAACAGUAAUUAUAGUAAUUAUUAUUUAUUGUAAUUUUAUCAGUUUUCACAAGUGAUACGAAAGUGUGCGAUAAUAUCUCCAUUUUUAUUUGGAUACAUUUUUUCUGUCAUUGGUCUAUUUCAACUAGUCGAGGAACUUGCGAAAAAAUAAUUGGGGAAGUUAGUAUCACCAACUAUCUAACGAUGACAUUAAUAAAUCCGACUAUAAUAUAUGAUCGGUAAGGAUGGUAACUCGAAAAAUAAGUAACAUUAAGAACUGAAUUUAGCUAGAAACAACUAUUGAAAACUAGGAAGUACUGAACAGCAUUUGAUUUGGUCGGUAAUUAACACACUAGUAAACUGAAGAUUCUUGGGUCCGAUUUCUGAUGAACUACUAGAUUAUCAACUCUUGAGGACUUUAAUACCAAGCAGGGUGAAGCAGGUGUCUAGUGCUUCUUAAUGUUCGACCAUUUUCUCGGUAAUAACAGUUCAUGAUGUACACUGUAUGUCCAUUAACAAUAAUGAUAAUAAUAAAGCCUCUAAAUAAUUUGAAACCAAUUUUUAUCAAGAAAUGAUAUCAUUUGGAUAACUACUGUAAACAAUGAUGUACUUGAUAUCUUUUUCAGCCUUUUUCUGUAAAUCACAAGGAUAUUCAGUCAACACUUCACCAAGUUGGAGUUUGGAAGUUUUUAAACUCAUUAUUGAAUAACAGCAAUCGUUUUCAGUCAAGAAUUAUAUAUUCAUUAGUUGAAAUUUUAUCUUUUCAAAUUCUAUGGUAAUUCUGAGAGCAAAGUACCACGAGGUCUGCUGCAAUUCCACCUACGAAAAUAACCUUAUGUCCACGAGCUCUAAUACUGUAAACUCUGACUAUUGGUAACCCGCCCUUCGCCAAACUAUCAAUCAGAAAAACAGAUAGACUAACCAAUCUGCCUUGAAUCGGACCAAUGGAUUAUUAAUUUGGAUUUAUAAUUGUAGAACCCGAUAAGAAAUUAUUGAAAAGAAUAUUUUUCGUUCAUACAAUCGUGUUUUAAUAUAAUAGGCAUUUUUCGGCGAUUACAAUCUGAUAUGAAUGGUGAAAUAAAGAAGCCAUGACAAACAACGGAAGCUGUUGUUGAGGACAUUACUUCACUUAAUUCAAGGCUUGUAAAAUACUUAUAUUUAGUUUUAUCCCUGGUUUAUUCUUUAAACCUUGAACUUUCGUUAGACUCAUGAUUCACUGCCGUACCCUUUCCUAUUCCAAAGGUAUUGUAAUUUAAACGUAACUUUUUGUACUCAAUUUUUCUACCCUAAUGCUUAGUUUGGACAUAGUUGUAUUUUUCUGUUUGUGCGUAGUGGUAGUUUUAGUCAUCUAUGUAUCUGUAUAUCUUUUUACACUAUUUGGAACUAGGAAUAAAUCGGAUAGUGUUUCAGUUGGCUCGUUUUCUCUCUAUCUCUGGCUUUUCAACCACUCAUUUGAAAGAUUCAAAAGAACAAUACAAAAUGAAUUUAAACUUCACCCCAUUGCACAAGCUAGUGGCUACCAGGACUCAGUAGCUAAGUGGAUUUUGAGAUGGUGUUUGGAGCAAAUGGUACUGGGUUCGGGUCCCAGAGUGUACAUUAACUCUGGGAUGGAAGAAUAUUCGGCUGAUGAGUCACAAAUAGGACGGGAAGCGCAUCCUGGAUCCCACCUCUAGCCACCAUCCAUCAUUGCUUAUAAGGCUUAUGACUUAAGGCAGUAUCGCGGUAAUCCGCCAAUAACAGGCUGAUCAAUUGCAGUCCUAAACAUCAAUGGAAAUAUUUAAACGAACAAUACGAAAUGAAUUCAUGUGAAGAAUAGUUUUAUUCUCCCUGACUCGAGGUUGUUAUCCUCGAUUCGGACUCACGUAUUUCUAGUCCAAGGUUGAGCCAGUUAUCCUAUUGUGUCAAAGUCUUAACCUAGAUAGCGACGAGUGUAUUAUUGUGCAGACGUAUCAAGGACGUAACACAGUGACGUUGAAUUAUCUUGUAUCAUUUAGACUCAGAAAAUCACGUGAUGAAAUACAAAAGGCGGGACUACUACACACCAUAAAUAGAUCACGAUAGUUACAUAACUAGAAUGCCUGUGAUUUAACGUUGAGCAACGUCUUUAUAGUUGACUAACUGUAAUUUUUACACAUGAAAAAAUAUCUAAAUAAUCACUGAGCUAAAUAUAAGCAUACAAUUAGAAAGUAUGAGCAAUUUAAUUUCUCCAAACAUUUUUAAAAUGAGUAAAUGUCUUAGACAGUAUAUAUUCAUCCUUCAGAAAUAAUAUAUGUGCCCUAAUCAUUAGUACUAAUCUAAAUGAAACUUAGUGAAAUUCAGUUUCAAGUUCACAUACAUUCAAACAGUAUCGUCAAAAUUCCUAUCUAAUUAUUCUAUUCAUUAUAGAAUAGUAAUUUCCAUCUUUUUUUGUAGAUUGUCAUUGACGAUUACUGUUUACACAUUACUUUUUCUGUGUAUUCUUUAAAGUCUAACUUCAAUUGACCCAUGAUUUCAAUCUGUGAAAUUUCCAAAAUCUCCACAAACCCCCUCUGAUAUUAAUUUACAGAUAACCACCAUAGUGACUUAUUCAAUUUUUUAAAAAAAAGUCUAUUAGGAUAUUUUUGAUUUGUUUAACCACACCUUGAUAAAUUUGUAAUUCAUUAUUAUUAUUAUUAUUAUUAUUAUUAUUAUUAUUAUUAUUAUUAUUAUUAUUAUUAUUCUAGACAAAUGUAUCAUGUCUUCAGAAAAGCCAUCGUGUAACUUUUUACAAAUAUCUAUUCAUUAAAGCGAAUUAAAUGAUACAUUUAUCAUCAUAGACAGGCGUUGCCUGAAACAAUCAUUAUAAUAAUGGACCGGAAAAAAUGAAUACUGAACUGUUGUUGUAUUUAAGCUAAGUAUUCUUCAUACCACCUAACAUUGAAAUCUAUUGUAUACAAUAUCAUGUCAUUUAAACUAGCGACCACAUUUUAACUUACUCGAUAGAAUUUGGUUAAUGUCAAAGGACUAGAUAAAUAUAAUAUUGAUUACUACUUAGUAAUUAAUUAUUUUUAACAUUUAAUAAUUUAAUGUACUCAAGAUAUCAACUUUUGGUUUCGAUUAUCCGAUUAUAUUAACCUCACUCACCUGUAUUAUUGUAAUGCAUUGUUAAUUGCCUUCAUUAUUUAAAUGUAAGUAAAUCCUUUGUAUUUACUGAUUCGUCCGUUCAUCUUUUCGCUUGUUCUCCUCUCUUCUAGAUUGUCUCACAUAAAUUGCUUUUCACACUUUCCCUCAAUACACAGUAUACCUUCAGGCUAAAUGCAAAUGCACUAAAGACUAAACGUUGCAACAGUAGCUUUAUUUCAUCUACUCUUGAAUAUUCAAAUAAGCACUUGAAGAAUGCACAUUUUUUGUCGGCUUGUGAAUUAAAUGAUAGGACAUUUCCUUCCUUUUUGUAUGAACGAAACGCCUUAGCAUUAUUUUGAUUGUUCUCUAGGAUUCACGCGAAAUAUGCUGCGCCGCAAGUCUUUGUACUUGAGUUUUAAUUUAACUUCGAAAGCCAUCGUCCAGAAGAUACAAGUGUUUGUUGACAGCUGUCUACGCAAAAAAUACUUCGGAUCCGUUGGUCAGACACUAUCAGCAACAACCUAUUGUGGGAGAGAACAAACCAGAUCCUAGUGGAGGAAGAAAUCAGGAAGAAGCGCUGGAAGUGGAUAGGACACACAUUGAGGAAAGCACCCAACUGCGUCACAAGGCAAGCCCUCACUUGGAAUCCUGAAGGUCAAAGGAAAAGAGGAAGACCAAACAACACGUGACGCCGGAAAAUGGAGACAGACAUAAGGAAAAUAAACAAAAAUUGGACAGAACUGUAAAGGAAGGCCCAGGAUAGAGUGGGUUGGAGAAUGCUGAUCGGCGGCCUAUGCUCCAUUAGGAGUAACAGGUGUAAGUAAGUAAAGUAAGUUUAACUUAACACCGAAUGAUAUAAAGUGGAUCAGGAGUAUUCGAAUAUUUAAGUACCAAGAAUAAAUUAAGAACGUUAGUAUUUUAGAAUCGAAUUCGAUUGAGAAGCUCCAUAAUAACUUACAGCUUCUUUCACGGACUAAAGUGUGAUAUAUUCAGAUUUCUCCGUUGUGUUCGAUAUUAUUCAAACACUUAGUUGAAGUUAACUGAUCCACUUUGUUGAAUAUGUCUUAUCAGUCUAUCAAUUUAUCUAAUUUUUGUAUGAAAAUAUUAUUUUAUUAGUCCUGCUUUCUAUUAAAUUGUAAAUACUUUUCUUUUUUCAUAAUCAAUAUGUCCUUGUAUCGUAAUGAGUCAGCGGUAUUAUCCUAGACCUUAUAUUUCUGCUAUGCUUGAAGAGGUUACGAGUUCACCAAAUCUGAGAACGGAGGACAAAGACUCUGUGACACAAUGACAGAUAAGUUAGUUAUUCCGACACGUCGUAGCCCCUCUAACUAGAGAGAGAAGUUCAAGUUCGGAAGAGGGAAAUAUAUUCCACAAGCAGUCAGAAGUAUGAACAACCACGACAAGUCUAUUCAGAAAUACACUCAUUUAUAUGUUGAUUCAUACACUCAUUUCUGUUUAAUAAUUAGAAUAAAAUUACAUAUAUGAAAAAUAAGAAAUCACAUGUUGAGUAUAGUUCAUGUUAACCUAAUGCAAGAAUAUCAUAUAUCAUACGGGAAAACAAAAACAAAUACUAUACUGAGUAAUCAACACAUUGAAUUAAAACGGAAUUAAUGUUGAACAAAAAUCAUAAUGAUCAGAAGGGCUUUGUGGAGAUUUUAGAAAUUUCACAGAUUGAAAUCAUGAGUCAGUUGAAGCUAGACCACCAUGGAAAACCUGGAAGCUUUGGACGGCCGUUUCGUCCUAGUAUGGGACUCCUAAUGAGUAAAUCAAUCUAAUUUUGACUUUAAUUCCCAUCAUAUCAAUUUCAUAUUAUUCUGACUUGUUUUAUAAUUGGUCAUUUUUAUCUCUAACCAGUUAUCCCGAUGGUUAUGAUAUUUGAUCAUAGACAUUAAUUAAUUUGUAUCUUGAUUGUGAAAAACCUAUACUGUUGUUUUUUUAACAUUAUCUUAUGCUGUGGUUUAUUCUCAGUGUUUAUCAAUCAAUGUGGAAUUCCAUGGAUAAUCUCGGUUUCAUGAUGUUCAAUGAACAUUAAAUAUCACAGUCCAAGGUUGAAAAUUUAUUAUUAUUAUUAUUAUUAUUAUUAUUAUUAUUGUAUUUAUAUUUUCAAUACGUCGUAUUUUGUAAAAUUUUUAACAUUCUUGUUUAGAAUUUACUUGGAAUAAAUGACAGUUUGAUUUAUUUAUAUUCUAAAUUUGUACGUAGAGCUGCUCUCAGAUUGAAUAUCACUGAAACUGCUUAUCAUAAUAUAUUUGUACUGAUCAUUUGAAUUUUCUCAUCGAUGUUUAGGACUGUAGUCGAUCAAUUUCUUAUUGGUACAUGUGCAUCCUAUGAAGAUUGCUUCGAUGUUGACUAGAGAUGCUAAAAAGAAAGUGAUCAAUUGCAGUCUUAAACAUCAAUGAAAAGACUCAAACAGUCAAUACAAAUAAAUUAAAACUCGUCCCACUGAACAAGUCAGUGGCUAUUUGGAUUCACCAACUUAAUGGAUAAUAUGUUGCUGUUUGUAGUGACAGUACUGAGUUCGAGUCCUAGAAUUAACGUUAUCUCUGAGGUUCAGGCUUGUCCAGCUGAUGAGUUCCGAAUAGGAAGAAAUGUUUGACUGGGAUUUCACUGCCGACCACCACCCAACUCUGCUUAGAAAGUAUUUAUCAUAAUUUGUUCACCUUUUCCCAGUUAAUUCACUCCACUCGACGGCUACUACUCGGACCGGACCACUCCAACCAACGCCUCCUCCCUAGCCCCGCAACGGUGUCCACGGAACUGCUCACUUUCUGCCAAUUCUGUCAGCGACAUGAAAUAUAGAAGACUACAAUAGGCACGAUGCAUGUGUGUUUAUUAGGGGAUGUUACGAACUAUUUAGAUAAUAAAUUCACAUGGCCUUCAGGCGUUCAUUUGGAUCUUUCAGUGUGUUCUGCCAUCCGAACUGUCUUCUCGUCUGCUCUUUAAGAGUUCUGCCAACGCCAUGAUUUCGAUGCAUUGAAACUCUUCACUUCAUUUGACAAAUGUUGCAAAUUCGACGCCACGUUCCGCUACAUACUACUUAUAAACAUCCUUGUGAGAAGCGUCUACUACAAUAAUGCGACUAUCAUUUGUUACCAUUAGUAAGAAUUGAUUUUAGCCUUAACCUGACCAUAGAUUUCUUACUGAAAUGUUUGUUCAUCUAAUUUGAGUUGGUUUACUACCAAUCACGAGUGUUCACAAUGAUUAUCAAACUGUUUAAACCUUCAUAAACCACUUAACAGAUUGAUAUAAACACAGCCAAUCGCGGCUAGACUAUUAAAUUAGUGAUGUUAGUAAUUUGAUUGUGAAGUUUGCUUAUUGAUCAUGGGAUUGAUAUAUGUUGCAGAACAAUUGAAAAAUCAAAGUGUAUUCGUUUUAUGUUUCAUCCUAAUUUGCCACUAAUCAACAGCGCUCUAGAAUGAUCUUGAGAGGGAUUAUGAUAUACAUGCAGCUCAUUUGGAAAUCGAUAUUUUAAGUCAUUAUUAGUCAGUGAAAUAGAAAUCCUUUCCUACUUCAGAUUUCGAUUCACACUAUCACAUGGUCGGAAUAACCUUAUUAGGCAAUCUAUUUUGAGAGAGCCUAUACAAUUACGGACGAAUUUUGAGAAAUUCCACCCAAUCAGAAGACAGUCGGUAUAGAGUGAGAAUAUAUUAUAGUAAACCAAAAAAAUUAGGGUAGAUACACUUCUCUAACAUGGUUUAGGAACUUCUCAAGUUUAGAAAGAGGUUCUGCAGUUCUGAAAUCGUAAUCCAUACGGUACAGGGACUCAUCCGUGUGACUCUAUAAUAGUCGACCUCUGGAGUCAUGAUAAGGUCGCAAAGAUUCUUUUAGCCUCGACCACAGUGAUUCUAUAUUAUUGGUGUGUACUCCGGUGAUGGGGUCUACAAAAUGUCUCUUGUAAACGACGGCACGAUGUACCUAUUAAAGUGUAGAUGGGCAUCGAUAUGCUUUCCAGUCGUCUGUGUAUAUUGUGGUACCCGGGUCCACACGCUCUUGUAUAAUUGGUAUUAUCGUUGUAGCCUGUUGGUUACUCACACUCUGUAAGUGUUCCUUUUGAGAUAAUGCAUCAUAUAUACCAAAGGCCUGUUAAGCAUAUUUAAGGAAGUACUACUUACCCAGUCUUCUCUAACACCCCGUCCUCUUUUGGAUCUGCGUUCUCUACGGCACUCCCGAUUCCUCCAAAUGUCGGGUUCAAGCUUAUCAUCUUCAUGGAACACAAAUCUCGACCGCACUCACAUCAUUAUUGCUUACCAAAAAUUAAGUCUUCAUAGUCAUAGGUCAAAGUUUGUUUUAUAAUAUUCCCCUAGUUAGUCAGAUAUAAAGUUCUCUUGAUAAGGGAGGUGGGUAGCAAUUCUAUUUGUUCUUCAUAUGUGCUUUAUCUAUCUAUCUUAUAAAAAUUCGAUCAGUUAUAUCGGUUUGAAUUUAAAGUCUUUAUGUCUUCUAUAGUGGGCUCAGCAACUUUGGAUCACAUAAAUGAAACUUGGUAGAUUGUAUUUUGAAUUUUAAUGAAUGGAAACAAUGUACCUACCAUAUGCGACAAUUAUUCAUGGUAAUUGAUUGAUGUUGUUCUAGUCUAAUUCAAAGUUAGUCUUUAUCAUAGAUUUUGGAUAUUAACUAAAAAAAAUAUUGAAAAACAAUUUAUAGAAUUUCUCAUUUCUGUUAUUUGAAUUCAUCUUUGUCUUCACUUCCUGUUUUCUUUUCAAGAAAGAAAUGAUAUUUAAUUAAUUCUUUUUAGUUUCUUUAAAUCGGAUCUUUUUUAUCAAAUAUGAAAAAUUAAAAUGAACUCUACUGAUUGAUGUAUUGAUUAGUUGAAGUGGUUUUGUAUAGAUUGGUUUGAUCUAUAGGUUGAAUUUCUAUGUAGAUUGAUGUCAGUUGACAUUAAUUGUUGGGGACGUAUAAAGUAGAUCAUUAUUGAUUUAGAUGAACUUCCGUUAUAUUAUAUUAUUUAGUAUGAACUCUGGUUAUCGUUUUUGAACACAAUUUUACUAUGAUUUUUGUUUGGUGAUAACUAUCUCAAGCCUGGAUAAAGGAGAAGGGUUGGGCAUGGGGUUAGCGACCCCAUCCCGUAGAAAGCUGACUCGCUAAAAAACGUUAACCAGAAAAAAUUAUUCAAACAAUUUAAACUCUGUGCUGAGAGUCAAAAGGUCUUCAUUUAGAAGAGUUAUGACGCCUCAUGGUGAAAGUCGAGUUCCUUCGGAAGUCACGAGGCUGAUGCCCCUUCUGACAACCAGAGCAACCAUUUAUCUAGGUACAUGGAAUCCUCGUACAAUGUGGAAGAGUCUCCCAAAUUGCUGCAGAAAUGAAGAGAUACAACCUGGAGGUGCUUGGAAUCAGUGAACACAUUAGACACAGGUUGGACAACAACGACUAACUUCAGGGGAACUUCUGUUAUACUCCGGCCAUGAUGAAGAAAAUGCCCCACAUACACAAGGAGUUGCAUUGAUGCCUUAGGAUGGAAAUCUCAUGGACCAAGGAUCAUCAAAGCCUCUUUCAAAACGAAGAAAGAGGGCAUUUCAAUGAACGUCAUCCAAUGUUAUGUACCUACCAAUGAUUAAAAUGAAGAAGUUAAAGAUCAGUUAUAAAAUAGGCUGCAGUCAGUCGUUGAGAAGUGCCUAACAAAGGACUUGACCAUUCUGAUGGGAGACCUAGAUGCCAAGGAUGGAAUGGAGAACAUCGGAUAUGAAGACAUCAUGGGACGAAAUGAACUGGGAGAAAGGAACGAAAAUGGUGAGAGAUUUGCAAACCUGUAUGCCUUCAACAAACUGGUCAUAGGCGGCACUAUAUUCCCACAUAACCAGUAACAGUAAGUAACAGGAGUAAGUACGUAAGUAAAAUAACUAUCCAGUUUAUAAGUUUUGAUCAUUAUGACCUAUAUACUGGGGUCAUCAUCAAAUUACUACACUUACUAAACUGGUCUUCUUACUCUGGUUAGUGUAGCAAGAAAAACGAGAAUGGAAGUAAUCUCGUUCACUGUAUUAAAGUUGGCGUUGAAAAAUAUUAACAUAGUGCACGAAUACAUCAGUACCAUUGUAAACUGGAGAACACUGGACAGUUUUUUGUCGUAAUGUGGGGCUCAUCAGAAGUGAGGAACUACAACCAUAAAAGAGAUCUAGCCCAUAAACUAGUUUCUUGGUAAACCCUUGACCAUUAGAACUAUUGAGUUAUUGUCCAGUGAGUGGUACAGCUUCAACUUCAACCAACUUGAAAUAAAAAACAAAGAUAAUUCAAAACCAUUGGUAACCAUUUUAUUCAAGGAAUUUCUGAAAUACACUGAUCACGAUAUCACACUAAAAGUUCAGGAAAAUUCUGAAGUUACUAGUGAGUUAAAUAUCAUAUUUGAUUUCAGGAAUGUUAUAUCCCGAUGUGAACAAUGAAUGGUAACUGUUGGAAUAUAUUUCUGGACUAUUACUAUACAUAUAUUUUUAUUGUAUAAUUGCUAAGUAACUAAACUAUGCAUAUUCAUGUUCCUCUUACCAUAAGCUUUAUUUUAACUCAUAGACUAUUAUUAUACGAUUUACCAUUCAUGAGUUAUGCCCAGUCUAUCAAUUACCAUCUCCCACAUUCACAGCCACUUUUGGAUAAAUCUUGUACAAAUGUUGUUUCCUAUUUUAUGCUAUGAUGUGGUCUCUUUGGUUUGUAUAUAAACAGAGCAUGUUUGAAAUACAUGAUUCAUAUCGCAGAGGCUGAGAUUGGUGUUCUGGACUUAACAGGUAGGGCUAGGCAGAAAGCAGGACCGAUAAGGACUCUAGACUGCUCAUACAAGUUCUAUGCAGCAUAGGUCCGAUCGAUAAUUCACUGUUCUCUAAUUGGUGGUGUCAUUACAUUAUACAUUGAUAGGGGCACAAACCCACAAGUUAUAACAAAGAGGUAUUGUGAAGACUGAUUUAAUCAGUAGAUUUUCUUGUCUCAGUUGAGGAUACCAUUGAGAGUUAUGGAGCACUGGACAGUUUUUUCAUCUUAGUAUUGGACUCUUUAAAUUAAGACAAAACAGCUGUCCAAUGCUCUCUAGUUUUCACUGAAGUAUUUAUUACUAAAAUCAUAUCACCACAAAUUAUGUACAAUAAUUUACCUGUCAUUCGACCAUAAUUCCUGAACAUAUCAGUAACCACCUCCUUGUGUACAAUGUUGUUAUGAAUAGAAGUGGUUUAAUUAGAAAUCAAUAUUUAAGUUAUUGACUGAUAAGUUAGAAAUUCUCUACUUCGAACUUUGAUUCAUACUAUUACUUAGGGUGAAUAAUCUUAUUGAACAAUUUUUACAAGAAACAGAUUAAUCAAUAUAAAUCAAUCAAUAAUUUCUGC